CACGGAUGUGUUACCCCAAUAACGGACAAACGUAGAGAGGAACGUCAAUGUCAAAUUCAUCAAAAAGUGUUCUGUGAAGUUCAUUAACGAUUAACCUAACCUCAAAAUUUUGGUUUUUUUUUCUUAGAAAAUGCAACAUACAAAAAGACUACAUUUAAUGGGACGAACAUUGUUUGGAACAAAAAAUAUUUAUUCAAAACGAUAUCAAAGUGGAGGACUUUAUGAACCUCCUUACUUAGAGGCAAUGAAAUCUAAAAUACCUUUAUAUGAUCAAUUAAAUAUUCUACUCAAAGGAUACGAUUAUCCAAUUUUGGAACAUUAUCAAAAAUUUGUGCAUAACUUAUUAAAAAAUAUGGAAAUUGAUGUAGAAGAUUCCUGGGCAAUACCUGCCCAGGAACUAAAUGUAACAACAUAUAAACCAAAAAGUGAACUUGUACACGCUCUGUAUAAUCUUAAAUUGUAUGAACGAAUAAUUCAAGUAAAUGAUCUCUCAUCUACCCAACUUCCAAUUGUUAUAAGAGCAAUAGAGGCAAGCUUGCCAUCUGGAGUGUCUGCAGAAAUUCGGCCUCAUCAAGAAUCCGAUGAAGAAAUUAGAUAUAUUCCCGACUUAGAAUUAAAUACUCUUAAGCAAGAAUUGGAAGAAUUAGGAGGUCCAUCGAAGACUAAAAAAUAGAUUUUUUAUAUAUUAAUCAUACAUAUGAAAUGUAAUAUGAAACAUGUAAUAACCUAAAUUGUGGAUUAAUUUUGAAGAAAAGUACUUCUAGACUUUAUAGGACAGUGAAAUAAAACUAAUAGUGUAAGGGGAU